GCUACGAUUUUGCGGUAUGAUUUUGGUGUCGCCUAAAACCGUACCGUUGUGCAUCUCCCUGCUCAUCUCAGUCGUAGCGUUGUGCAUCUCCCUAGUCAUCUCUGUCGAGAGAGUAGUCGAAAUCAGUCGUUCUUAUUUAUAAGUUCAUGCCUAGAAUUGUGUUAUUGCAUUUUUAAAUAAAUGGCGGAUGAACGAAAUUUUCGGUCGUCGUAUUAUGAGAAGGUUGGGUUUCGCAGUGUAGAGGAGAGGAAGUCGUUGGAAAUUUUGCUCAAAGACCGUCCCUUUGAUAAAGCAAAGUUAAAGCAAUUUUGUUUACGCUUUACAGUACCAACUUUGUAUAGAAAUUUUUUGUGGAAAAUCUUACUUGGGGUUGUACCUACUUUUGCUGAAAGUCAUGACUUUAUAAUGAUACAACGUAAAGCAGAGUUUGAAGAUCUACAAAAAGCACUGCAAAUUGCAAAGAUUGUGAAUGAAAACACUAAACCUCAUGAAGUGUUUCUUACAAUGUGGCUUCUACGAACUAGAAGAGUUAAGAUUGAUUUAAAUGCUCAGUUGGAUGCUCCAUUACUGCGGUUGAGUCACAAAUUUUUAAUUCUAUAUUUGUUAAGUGCAGAUUGUUCUCUUUUAAAUACAAAUACAACAAAACAGUAUCAAAAAAUGGCAACAAGUAAACUAGCUGAGAGUUUGUGUCAUGUUGUUGAUACUGAUCAUGAAGACAAGCUAGUGGAUACAUAUUGGCUUCUACGUGGCUUUUUGGAUCAAGUACAAAAGUUCUACAAGGAAGUUGUUCGGCUGCAAGAAUGCACCUACAAUAUUUUGGAACGAGAGGAUCCUGAUUUAUACAAACAUCUCACUAAGAUCGAAGCUCUUUUCAAUCUUCCUUUUCAUAUUUGGUUCUAUUCAUGCUUUGCAGGAACCAUAAGCAAUGGCUCUAUUCCAAAAAUAUGGGAUAAAAUAGUAGUUGGUGCCUAUAAGAUUUUAGUAUUUGUGGCUGUUGUCACAUUAAUUACUUUAAAACGGGUUCUCCUACGAUGCGAGCAUCUGGAUAAUAUUCUGGAUGCUAUCAAUAAUAUAUCUGAAGAAACUUCGGAAGUAAUCGUUAAUAAGGCAAUAGAAUUAUGGCAGCAGAGUGGUUCUACGCUGGUAUCAAUGCCUCAAAGUAUACAAGCUGUAGCUCAAGUUAAUCAAUCGUAACGAAUGACGCGUUAUAUUUUUUUGUGUAAUAAUAUAUUGUAUGUAUAGUAUGAUAUAUUUCUUAAAUAAAAUUAAUUCCAAAA